UGUAAUGUCUUUAUCACAGAUGAUGGUGUCCCUGUAUUAUCUGAGAUUGGCUUGAGCCUCUUGCCAACUCCGCCCGACUGGACGACCCCGAGCAAUGAUGGUACACGUUGGAUGGCUCCUGAAGUUAUGGAUCCUCGCUCAAUAUCUAGCUCUAAUUUUGACUGUCUGACCACACCCAUGAGUGACGUAUACAGCUUUGGUAUGAUGAUGUUAGAGGUAUAUACCGGCAAAGUCCCAUUUUAUACGCGUCACUUCUAUGGCCGAGUUGUCUUGGACAUAAUGCAAGGGAUGCGGCCUUCCCGCCCAAAAGUGGAGGCUUGUGCUAGUUUGACGGAUGAGAUAUGGCACACAAUCGAAAGCUGUUGGGCACAGGAUCCUUUGCAGCGGCGUGAGUGUUCUUUCAUUGCAUUAUAUAGUAUUGUGACUCUACUUGGUAUUCUAUAG